AUGUGCCAAACUUCCUCCCCUUUCGCGACAUGUCCUGUUUUCCUGCCCAACCCCCACCAUAUGGCUGUCACCAGACUCUUUAAUCACCUUUUUGUGGUACCAAUGGCAGGAUGUAGUACCUUAGUCUCAUUCAACAUCGACUCUACUAGGAAUGCAGGAAUAGACUUCACUUAA